AGUUUAUGAAAGAGAAAACUUUUCUCUUUCGUUUACUACCAACAUCUGUGAUUGGCGUGUAACGGUUUGUCCGGAAUUUCCAUUCAAAGUGGAUUUUGACAGUUGGCUUUUAGGCCGUAAUCAUAUGUUUGUCGAGAAUUUUCAUGCAUUUUCUAGCAUAUACUUCUAGUAAAUAUUCAAUGAGUGGAUAGACCGAAUACGUCCAAUGCACAAAAUUUGCAGCAGAAGAAACGAGAGGCAGAUCAAAAAGUAUGAUAUCGGUGAUUAAAAAAAAGUUCUGCGUAUGCCUGGUCCAGACAUUUACAGACUUUUAAAACAGUAAUAAACUGACCGAUUUUCUUCAGAAAAUAAUAGAUGUGUCCCAGCAUGCAAAGAAUUACGAAUCAAAUACCGUUCAUACUUUUACCAUUUAGAUUUUUUUUAAGAAAUUUAGAACUUAAUCUUUCACGGAAUCUUUUUGGUCUUUUUCGGAGUAACGAACCAAUGAUCUCUAAAUGCGCAGGUAUCCUUCUGUUGAUCAACAGCAUGCGGCAGCUGUUCAAAUCGUAAAAUUAUUUCCACAACUUAGUAAUACGCGAGUCACACCAACUGCUCCUGAUGAGUCAUUUUUCUUUUGGCGCAACGGAGGCAAGGAAAAGGGUGCUCAUACUGGCAUGAUAUUUCAUCGCAUCCGGAAUGUCAUCAAACAGCUACCUGCAGGAAAACAUAAAUAUAAUCGAGGAACUAUGCCUGUAGAAGAGUCCGUUUCAACUGAACUUGUAGAGCGGGCUCAAUUGCUCCGAGUAAUGCUUGCAUCGGCAUCAGUAGCAGAACAUAUUUGUGAUGAAAUGGACCGAUGCUUUCCAGUCCUCAAACUGUUAUUAAAAGAAAAGAAACCCGUUAAUGAUAUCUUGGAUAUGUUUCCACACCUGUGUUCAUAUGAAGGAUUGGUGAUUCGUCAAAUGUUUGAGAGAUUGUAUCCUAACAGAACAGAAGGUCUCAAAAUCGAGGAUGUCUUCUCUCAGUGUCUAUCUUAUUCACCCUCCAGAUUCUCUAGAGUAGAAGAUGAUCACAUUCGAGGAUGCUUGAGAAUAAUUUCUCAUAUGCCAAUUCGCGGACAAAAAAGAACGCUGGUAGGCUGUCCAACUGUAGGCGAAGAACAUUCGGCUUCAAUUCGUUGGAUUGGGGUAAAUGCAAUAUAA